AAUAUUCACUAAUUUCUGAAAUCGUGAGGUAAAUGCAGAGAGAAUUCUUCUUUACUUUUCAACUCUCUCCAAUGGAUUCGGUAGUAACUAUCACAAUUUUAUGGGCUUGCUAUAACGGAACCUAGUGUCUACAACUACGAGUAAUGUGUUUAUUAGGGUUAAAAGAACACUAGACUUUGCAGUCGUAAAUACACUCUUGUUGUAUUCGUCGGCAUGAGAAUCAGGCAACGGACUCCUUAGUUUAGAAUGAAUUUGUGUCAAUUGGAAGGCAAAGGCGCGUACUUCUCAUAUUUAACAAAGGCGCGGUUCCACAGCAAAAGAAACCCCUUCUCAUGUUCGCGCCUUUUUAAGUUUAGAGAAACAUAGCCUUCGUUUAUGUGAGGGAUUUAUGAUCACGCUUUCUGUAUGCAUUAAUUAUAUCCCGUUACGUCAUCAAAGCCUUUCUUCUACCAUUAGAAAAUCAAAACAAAGCGCCCCCGGCAAAAAGGAUUCACAGCGGCGCCGGAAAUCAGGAACACCGCCGGUACACCGACAGGGAAGAUGGAAGAGAAAGUCAAAUGUCUCGCUAUGAUAGGCGCCGGAGCGCUGAUUGGUUCCGUCGCCACUGCUGCUCUCUUCAAACUUCUUCCCAGAAGUGUGAGAGAAGAGUGUAUUAAAGAAGCAGUGAAGGCAAACGGAUUGAAACACUACAAUUAUCCUGAAAAUGGUAGUGAGGGGAACCCUUGUUCGGACCUGCUAGCUGAUGAAGUUGUUUCUGAACAGCUCACUAGGAACAUUCAGUUUUUUGGCCUAGAAUCUCAAGAGAAAGUCACUCGAUCUUAUGUUGUGGUGAUUGGUCUUGGUGGUGUAGGGAGUCAUGCUGCAUCUAUGCUUUUGAGGUCAGGUGUAGGCAGACUCCUCCUAGUGGAUUUUGACCAGGUAUCAGUUUCAUCAUUGAAUCGUCAUGCUGUUGCUACAAGAGAGGAUGUUGGUACUCCAAAAGCUUUGUGCCUUAAGAAGCAUUUCCAAUCGAUAUUCCCAGAGUGUCAUAUAGAUGCAAAAGUCUUGUUGUAUGAUUCCUCCUCUGAAGAUGAAAUUCUCUCUGGCCACCCUGAUUUUGUUCUGGAUUGCAUCGAUAACAUCGAUACCAAGGUUACGCUUCUUGCUGCUUGUGUGCGUAGAGGAUUGAAAGUUCUUUCAGCCACUGGGGCUGGUGCCAGAGCUGACCCAACUAGAAUCAGAGUGGCUGACUUGAGGGAGUCAACCAAUGACCCUCUCUCUCGAUCUGUUAGACAUCGUUUGAAGAAAGAUUAUGGUAUUGAAGGCGGCAUUCCUGUUGUUUUCUCUUUGGAGAAGCCAAAAGCAAAGCUGCUUCCAUUUACAGGAACAAAUGGAGAAGAAGAAAACCCUUCAGAUUAUCAAAUAGUUCCCGGUUUUAGAGUUCGCAUCAUUCCUGUUCUGGGAACUAUACCAGCAAUAUUUGGGCAAGUUAUGGCUUCCUAUGUUGUGACGCAACUAGCUGAAUUUCAAGUUCAAAUGGAACCCAUUGUGAACUUUGAUAUGGAUCAUUAUCGGAUACUUCAUCAACGUCUAAUUGAGCAUGAAGAGUUGCUCUAUGGCACAGCCGCAGAAGUACAGGUAGAUGUCGAUGAUGUUAUGUUCAUUGUAAAAGAGUUGUGGCGAGGUCGAAGUGCCAGAGAUCAAUCUCCCACCUCAGUCGGACGUGGCAUGUGGCGUUCAGUUAAUGACUUAAUGCUUGUCAGGUUGAUGUUCAAAUGACUUCUUUUCUUCAUUACUGUUUAUUUUCAGUUUCCUUUCUACUGGCAGUUCUAUUUCAUGUGCAAAACUGGUAUUUUAAUACUGGUGGCUGUGAUCUAACUUCUCUUUACUUUCUACUUUUGCUAAUUUUUUCUAGAUGGGAUCAGACUAAGGCAGCAUCUGUUUCAAACUUGAUUCUACUUAAAUUCACCGAGGUAUACUCCACAGAGAGAGAUACAAGUCCAUAUAAUGCAUCAGUCCUGCUAGUAUACAUAUUCGGACUUCACUAUGAUUUGACUGUAUAUUUUCAGCUAUUUCCUUUUUUUUAACCUUUCUAUAGUGGAACUUGUCCUGAGAUUUAAACUCCUCAAUGUUGGUGUAAAUUGAUAAACCACACUACAGCGGGGAUUUGUGGGGUAGAUGAAGCUAUUGGUGCACUACCUUUUGGCUGUGACCACAUUCUGAUUCCUCCAUGUUGCCCAGAACACACCAUUAUUGAUCUAAUAACUGCACUCGACCUCAUGGUCGUUUCUUUUCAGGCUGAUGAACAUGAAUCAAAAUCGCUUGAAGAUAUACAAAGAGAUGAACAGGAAUUUUUCGCAAGGGUGACAUCUGUGCUAAGGCAAGCUGAACUGCACUUUGGUUUGUGACUGCCAUCUCGAUCCUUGAACUGAUACAAGCUGCUCUAUUGCCCUUUCAUGACAAUGAGCCCCCAAAUUUUGCUGGAGAGCCUGACUAGUCCAACUUUAUUUCCAUACUGAGGAGAUGCCUUAAGCCAAAAAUCAUGCGGUGACAUUGAGAAAGGGGCAGAAUGUUUGGUGGUGAAGACACAAAAUAUGCUCAGUGGUCACGUUUUUCAUUCUGACAUACCGUCAAGAUAUUGAGGCAUCCUCUUUUGGACUAGUUUAGAUAACGAAUUCUCUCUACUUUGUAGUUUGUAGGAUUAAGCAUUAAACAUUGUUCCGCAGACUGUGAAAUGUGUACACUAUAAAGCUGGAAGUUUUAGUUUUAGGUUUUUUUUUUUUUUUUCUUUUGGAGGAAAUAUCACAUUUCUAUGUUUUUUCAAAUGUGGUAUUGACGAUUCUCAUAGAAAUGUGACAAUCGCAGUUUAUUAUUAGAGUAAGAAAAAGGUCUGUAUAAAUCUUACAUGUUUUUGCAGCUCAUUGACCCUUUUCUACAUUAUUAUAAGAAAUUGG